AUGGCAUUGUUACCGCCGGAUCCAUAUAAGAUUCUCGGCGUUGCCUCCGAUGCAUCAAUGUCCGAUAUCAAGCCCGCCUGGCGCAAGCUCGUCCUCAAAUGCCACCCAGACAAGUUCCUAGACCCCGAGGUCAAGGAAUUUCAGAUGGAAGAGUUUCAGCGUGUUCAAAAAGCAUUUGAGCUCUUGUCUAAUGAUUCAGCGAGAGCAGACUAUGACAGAAUGGUGGCAUUCCGGGAACAUCGAGCAAAGGCUGCGCCAUCUUCUAAUUCUAAGGCUGCCCCAUGGGAGGCAAAGUCCGGCGAUAGGUCCGACUCUCGUAAAGACAUUAAAUACACCUACCAGGAAGACUUUAUAUACGCCAACCAGGAAGACUUAAUAUACACCCACCAGGAAGACUUUUGGGAGGUUCCUCAAAGAAGAGAAAGGAGCACGCAGAAGCAAUUUCGUGCGAGAUCUCGGGUUCGCCCUCCAUCACAAAACAUAUCGUUAAGUGACGAGAGACAAGAAUUUGUUGCGUAUGCUCUACAGUUAUUCGACGAAGCCAAGAAACAAGAUUUGACUACUUCUGACAACAACACAACGGCCUUCAAGUCUGACGGUCCCUUAUCACACUCAUCCAUCGAGGAGCAGAUCAAGCAGCGGAACAAGGCAUUUGAGAAAUCUAAAGCCAAUGUCCCCCGAAACCCAGCGCCUUCUCAGCCUCCAGGUCCAAGCAAAAAGGCUACGCAUGCUACCACAGAUCCGCGAACCAAAAAACUUCAGGCCGUACCGGUGGAGCAGCUCAAUCUUGAAGUGAUGAACCCGGGAAUUCCUGAUGGUCGCGUCGACAUUGUCGCCGUCCAUGGUCUUGGCGCGAUACCGGAUAUUACUUGGAAAGAGAAGACGUCGAGCAUCAAUUGGCUCUCGCACAAAGACAUGCUGCCCCAGGCAGUUCCCGAGGCGAGGAUUCUGAGGUUUGGGUAUGAUUCGCUUUGGAUGGGAGAGACUCCUAUUCGAACAUCUCUGUCUACCAUUGCAUACAAAUUACUUCUCAGCCUGAAUAUUAUGCGCGUGGAAGACUUGGAAAGACCACUCAUAUUCAUCGGGCAUUGCUUUGGCGGUUUGGUGAUUGAGCGUGCCCUAAAUCUUGCCAAAAUGCGUCAGGAGAAGUAUCCAGGGUUAUUCGACUCAUCAGUCGGCGUUGUCUUUCUUGGAACCCCCCAUCGUGGGUCGCGGUCUUUCACACGGGAGAGCGCUCUCCUAGCAGCCAUCGCAGCAUCUUCCGACUUGUCAAAGCAUCUCGAAACCAGCGUGUUAGAUACAAUGACGUCUGACACUGGUAGUCUCCUCGACGUAUCGGAUGACUUCAUCACCCUAUGCACGGACGGCGGACCCGAGAUUUCGUGCUUCUUUGAGCAGCGUUCAUCGAAACUUGGAAAGGUCGUGGGAAGAACUGAUAUUACUGAGUUUAUAGUAGAUGCAGCAAGCGCGACCUUUGACGGCCAUCCGAAGCACGGUCUCGAGGUAGACCACUUUAGCCUCAACAAAUUCAACGGCCCUACCAACUCACAUUAUUUGCAAGUUCGCGCAGAAAUUGUACGGUUUUAUAAGUUAGCCUUGAAAAAGGCUGACCUCUUGUCCAAAGUCAAUGAUGUGGAUUCUACAGCAACUUAUAUUAGCACAUCUCCACAAGUACCGUCAGACCAGAAGGCCAAUUCGAAAAGGCGGCCUAAGAGUCGAAGAAUACCACAAAAGCCGAAAUCGGAGCUAUCAAGACCAUACCAAAGCUCUCAGAAGGUUGUUAGUGCGGCGGCAUCUCAAGUAUCCCUAGAGGAGGAAGAGUUAAGAAGAGGGGCGGUUAAGGAGCUUCGCGAGGAAGAGUCUCGUAAAAAGGCUAUAAUUCAGGAAGAGGAUUAUCAAAAACGUCUGGCUAAAGAGAAACGAGCUAUAGAGCUGGCUUUUCUCGAGCGGCUCAAAAAGAACAUGUCAAAAUACGGCAUCGACAACCCUGGCGCUAUUUUGGAAGAGAAUCCCCUGCCUAAAGAUGAGGAGCUGAAAGGGCAGGAAAUCAAGGAGAAGAACGCCUGGUGCCUGAAUUAUUUAAAGGGUGCUUUGGCUGACACGGGCGUAGAUGGCGGCCAGAUUGACGAGAUUCCCAACGACACCGGGGAGACGAUGGUGAUUGAUGGUGUGGAGACAACAGUCACUAGAAUGUCAAAGAAGUGGGUUUCUAAAAGAACUCUGAACGCGUAUGAGAUUCCGUGGCAGUACGAUGAGGGAGACGUUGCUAACGUCUGCAAGAAUGAUUCAUCGGCUAUUAUCGUAAAGCGAUGGGUUCCUGACUACGAACAAGCAUUCCUAUGGGACCACUCCAUGGCACUCCGUGGAGAUCGCGGCCGGAAGCAGCAUCGCUACCACGACCCCCCGAAAACCCAUGAGCCAUCAAGAAAAUUUCUCCAGCAGAUGUACGACAUCUUCAAGUCGGGGCAGAAAAAGAUGCCAUCGCAAGAUAAACCAAGAAGGCGAACAGGGAGUUUCGAUCUUAAGAGCUUCGAGGCUAGAGAGGUCAGAUAUAGUUCAGCUCGGGGAAAGGCGCGGGAGAGGGAAUGGGGAUACUACAACGCCUCGCCGAAAGCCGUGCGAAAUUCCUCGACACCAUCGACGCCAGCCACGGAUCGCGGGUUCCGACGAAGUCAAAGCUAUGAAUCUGUACACUCGGCACCUGAUUCGGAAGAAGUGGCGAGACGGAGACAGCACUCGCGAACGCUGAGUGGUGACCGGUCUAAUGGCUGGAGCGGGACGAAAUAUCAACGGGACUCUUCGGGAGAAAAAAGCUCCAGUGCAAGAUAUACCGAGACACCUCCAUCAAUGUAUUUUGCAAGCUAUGACUAG